AUGGAUCGCCAGAUUCGUGUCGCAAUAUCCGGGGGUGGCCUGGCCGGCGCCUCUCUUGUUCACGCCUUGAUCCAAUAUGCCCACCUAGAUGUUCAUGUCUUCGAGUCAGCAGCCGAGUUCAAAGAAGUCGGCGCGGCCGUGGGCAUUGCCCGCAACGCCCUGGCGGCUCUUGACCUUAUCGGCCCGUCGGCGACGGAGAGCCUCAAACGCGCAGGCGCCGUUCCCCAGCUAGGUGUGCGCUUCAAGCUGGGUGAAGGCCCGGACAAGGGUGCGCUGAUCGAUGAGGCGGAUUCCAACGCCGAGAAGCGGCAGCUGACUAGCAUUGUUCAUCGGGCGGCGUUCUUGCGGGAGCUACUUGCAGACAUCCCAAAGGAACGUCUACAUGUCUCAAAGAAGCUUGCUACCGUGAGCAGAACCUCUGGGGAAGAUACACCUUUGACUCUCUAUUUCGUCGACGGGUCGACUCACGAAUGCGACAUCCUAGUUGGAGCGGAUGGCGUGCACAGUGUCGUUCGAAACAUCGUUCUCGGGGAUGACGACGCAGCCAUUCACGCAAGGAACACGGGAGCCUGGGUCAUCAUGACUUUGCAGCCUUACGACAAAGCUCAAGCAAGUCUUGGAAAAGACCUUGUCAAUGUUGAGGACGCUCGGGAGUAUAUGUGGCUUGGAGAUGGGCAUAUUAUCAUGCACAAUGUGUUGGAGAGUGGCAAGCUUGUGCAGUUUGUCGUAGGCUCGAUCGAUCAGGGUGCCGAGGGAUCGGAGCAAUGGCAAUGCAAAGUCAACGCCGAGAAGCUGAGCAAGUUCUUUGACGCUGGCGUUCCGGGUCUCAACGGAGCCAUACGGGAGCUUCUGUGUGAUUCCGAACAAUCAGCUAUCUACCUCUGGGAGCAUCCCCCAGCUUCUACCUACGUGGCUGGUCCAAUCUGCGUCAUCGGUGAUGCUGCUCAUACCACGACACCAUGGCAGGGCUCUGGGGCCGGCAUGUCGAUCGAAGACAGCCUCAUCCUUUCGACCCUUCUAGGUCGUGCAACAACGACAGCGGAGGCUCAAGUAGCUCUGAAGGUAUAUGACCAGGUUAGACGCCCACGAACGCAGCGUAUUGUUGAGUCCAGCCGGGGCACCGGGCAGAUACUCAAUGGACAAGGGGCGAAAGGCUUAGAUUUGGAAUGGCUUAAGGAAAGCCUCCUCCCAAGGUGGGACUUUAUCAUCAACUUUGACAAUAAGAAGCACCGGGAUGAAGCACUCAAGCUGAUGGAAGAUGAGCUGAAGGCUAUUUGA